AUGUGGGCGGACUGGAAGAAUACACCAUAUCGUCAUUAUUAUAUCAAAGAGCUUGCCCAACUUGAUGAUGCGAGGUUCAUUAUUCCCAUGAAGUGGAUUACUGUUAAAGGCAUUGUUCAUGCCGAAGCAUACAUGGUUGAAAAGUGCAGUACGCAGAUUGCUGAUCCCGAGCCUAUCCGUGUAUGCGCCGACCACUUGAAGUUGAAUGUUCUGGACCUUCAGGCUGUAGUGGGUGCUUGUAUUGUGUUUUUCCCUGGCCAGGUUGUGUCCUUUCCAUGGCUCGCUUCUCCAAAGAACCCAUUGCGAGCGAUUGCCAAUGGUCGCCCUAUGUUCCGUCUCCGUGUAAUGGGCUGGAGCGAUGAUGUCUCGGGGAAUGUCAGCAAACAGUAUAACGCACACACCAAUGUUUACAUUCAGAAUCUUGGGAUUCCGCACCAGAAGCUUUCCCAGGAGUACAACGUUAGAUUUGUUUCCACUUCACCGCAUGCGUCCUCAUCCGAACAAUUUGCAGGAACGCCAUCCGACUUUGCAGAAAAUGCUUGGCACGACGUGUACGAUUCCGAGCUUGAACAGGAUAUUCUGUUUCAACUCAUUGACCACAUCCUUCCGGCGGAUAAUCCCCAGCAAUCAGAAGAUUGCUCUCAUAUUGGUGUGAAAGGUAAUCUUCUCUGUCGGCGUGAUACAGUCGGUGGCUCGAGUGCUGUGAAGGAGAGUGAUGAGGGGUAUGAAGCACUUUUCCAGCCCGGUCAUCCUCGCACGCCCGACGAAACCUCUCAGGGUAUACGUGAACAACUCCGGGCAGCAUGUCUUGGGAACAAGGACACCGUGCAGAAUCUACAGACACAGACUGGUGUCAAGGAUAAGCUUGCACAAUGCUGGAUAGACAUCCUUCUUGGUAACGCACGAGAGCAACAAGAAAUCCAGCUUAAUAACCCGGAGACACGAGAUUCACGAUUGAACGACAGGCGUCUCAAAGGUGAUGCGCGAAAAGCAGUGAAGCUGGAGAUUACAACAGCUAUCCAGGACUCACUAUGGAAUUGGCUGAUAGGUCUUUCUCCGCCACUGAAAGACCAGUCCUAUCCGCGUGAUUUGGUCCCUGGGUUCCAUUACAAUGCAUUGUUGGCGAGACGAGGUACGGACAGUGUGGUCAAUCUUGUUCCAGCUGGCAAUCUGAAUCGGCAUUUCAAAGGGCUCGAUCCUCACCGCGAUACAAGUGUAGAAAUAUUGCACACAAUUUUACUUGGUAACAACAAGUACGUGUGGCACGAAACGAGUAGCACGUGGGAUAAUAAGAAGGACAACCUGUUCGCCGUCCGCUUGCAAUCAUCCAGCAUUGACGGACUGAACAUGCAAGCUCCUCCACGAGCACAAUAUCUUGUCAAGUACAAGAAUUCCCUCAUCGGUAAACAUUUCAAAUGCCUGCAGCAACUCGCCGUGUUCCAUCUUUCAGAUUUGUGUCCCGACCAUCUUUUCAAUCUUUGGAAGGCCAGCGGUGAAUUAGGCGCAUAUUUGUGGUUCCCCGAAAUCGCAAAUAUGGAGCAAUAUCUCAUACUCUCAACAGGAAACUUAUAUAUCCAACAGAGUGAUCUCGAGAUCCUGAUAGGGAAUCUACUCGACGCAUGGGCCCUGUUUGAUCCCAACCGGAUCAUCACUAAAGCCAAACUGCACGUCCUCACCCACCUCGUCGAAGAUGUCCGCAGAUUUGGUCCUGCAAUUUUGUAUUCGACUGAGGUCUUUGAGUGCUGGAACGCAGUGUUUCGAACAUGCAGCGUGCUUUCCAAUCAUCUUGCGCCGAGCAAAGAUAUUGUGACAACACUUGGCCAUAUGGAACGCUUCAAACAUCAAGUAAGCGGCGGGUGGUGGAAAGACAACAAAGGGGAGAACCGCCGCCUGGGAUGGGCAGAUACUUCUGCCGUGUCACCUGGGACCGUCAAAAUGGUCCCAAUUUGUGAUCAGAUUCCCUUGACGCGAAACCAGAUCCUUGCUUCCGUCGAUCCUGGAGACUUAAUCACCGCGGAGGACAUUGGACAACAAGCCGGCACUUGGGAUGGAUCCUGGGUGUUCUUCAACAAUGCGGAGGAAGCUCAUGUCGGGCAGAUCCUAUCCAUCACCUGCUCUUCGGAGGCAACAAACGAUGCAAUGGUAUUAAUCAGCCAUUUUAAUAUUGCUGAUCAGCCCGACGGACGUCUUGAUAUGCCCAUACUUCUUCGUUCGGGAAAAGUAUAUCUUGUGAGGCCGAAGGCAAUUCAAUUCAUUUUCAAUGCCCAGCAUGACUGCCAAAAUGGGGGUUGCAAAAUCACCAACAGCGACGAAGUCGUCGAGCAAGAACGUUUGAAGACCACUAUACCACUGAAAACUAUCAGGCAUCUCGAGAAGAACAGAUUUAUUGUCAACAUGCACGCACUCCAUAACGCCCAUUUACUUCGCGCUGUCCUUCCUCGGGCACUGACGGCACCCAAGCCGAGUCUGACGAACCGUUUGGAGAGCCAUCGCGUGUUCGCCUCGAAGUUACGAGUGAGUGGUCCAGCGAGACGCGCUGGAGCCAAAGAAAAGGCCAGAGUGACCAGAGAGCAGAAUAAACUAAAGAGAGCAGCACCAAGCACAGCAGCGGCACCUUCAACCGCAGUGAGCGCUGGCAAUGUGGAGAAUAUCAUGCAGGAGGAUAAUUUGGAUAUGGCAGUUGAUAGUUGA